UAUCUAACUCCAACUGCUUUUACCACAUUUCCCAGUCGAGGAGGUUUGAGGUGCUUCCACCUUUUGUACACACGAUUUCCUUCCAAGUAGAAACAGAACUUCUUCAAGUAGUUUUAGAAAACCUGGGUGUCUGCUGUCUUCGUGUUCACUGAGUGGGACUUUGGAGAAAGAAUCUUAAUUAUGGAUUUUGGCAAGUCCUGUGACAAGGAUAAGAAGCAGAAGGAAAAGUGUGAAGAAAAAAAACAUAAAAAGAAGGAAGAAGGUAAAGAUACAUCUUCAAGUUCAAGCUCCUCAAGCAGCAGCAGCAGCUGUUCAGAGGGUGAAGGAAAAGGAAAGCAAGGGGAUCAGAAGAAGAAGAAACCAAAGAAGCACAAGAGUGAUAAAUGCAAGGCAGAUAAACACAAACAUUGCAAAAAAUAGCACAGCAUUUGUGGGGUUACACAUGACAUCAUCGGAGUUGCUACUCCCAUUUCUUAAAGAUGUUUGCUUUAAAGAAACACAAUCAGUCACUGUUUCAUAAAAUGAAUGAUCAAAUAUGAACUUACCUUACUAGAACUGCAUGAUUACCCAAGUUUUACCAAUAAAGAUUAUAAUUUGAAUAA